AUGGGCGGGCUCGUCCUCGCCCUCUUCCGGGCGCUGGUCGCUGGGAUCGAGAGCGAGUGGUUCUGCGGAGGUCGAGGCGGCGUCGGAGGCGGGGGCGAGACCGCGAGGGGAUCAGAGAGUCAUACUCUUGAUGACACGGGCACCGCGGCAAAUGUUCCUGGUCCAACCAGGACUGAGCUCGGUGCUGGCGCUGUUGACGGUGCUGUGCAAGGAGAAGAAGGAGAAGAUGAGGCUGGUUCUCAGCCAAUGGAACCCUAUGUUGGCAUGAGGUUUGACACCCUUCAAAUUGCUAAGGAUCACUACAACAGCUACGCCUUACGGAUGGGUUUCUCUAUCAAAAUGAACACCUCUAGGCGGACAGGCAAUGUAUUGGUAAAACAGCAGUUUUGCCGCAAAAAGUAUAAGAAGCCAAAAGCUGAUGAUGGUGGAGCUGAGGCUCCUCCUAUCCUGGACCCUAUACCAGAUCCAAGACCUGUUGACACUGAUGAGGAAAUGGAAGAUGAACCUCCAAUCUUUGCUGAAGAGGAGGCUGGUGCUAGUAAGAAAAAGAAGAAACGAAAAUGCGAGACAAUAAAGCAGACUCAAUGCAAAGCGAAAAUGUUGUUGAAGCUAAUGGAUGGGCGAUGGGAGGUGACGUAUUUUGUUCGUGACCACAAUCAUCCGCUGGUGAACAAACCUUCAUUGUCCAAAUACUUGAGAUCCCACCAAGGCAUCUCUCCUGAUGAAAAGGAAUUUUUGCGCAUCUUGUAUAACUGCAACUUGACUACAGUACGUAUGAUGCAUGUAAUGGCAGAGUUCUAUGGAUCUGAGAUGAUGGUGCCAUUCGGACCAAAGGCAAUAACAAAUUUGUGUACAAGUUUCCAUAGAGAUGAUACAAAGGAGGGUGAUCUGAUUGAGACAAUUGCGCACUUCAAGGAUAUACAAAAAACCGAUCCAGACUUCUUCUAUAAGGUGAAAUAUGAUGAAGAGGACAGAGUUGUCAACAUAUUUUGGGUGGAUGGCUUAGCUCGAAAAGCUUAUGCGGAGGCGUACCACGAUUGCAUAUCGUUUGACACCACCUACAUGACCAACAUGUACAAUAUGCCGUUCGCGCCCUUCAUAGGAAUAAAAACCGACAUGGCCAAUCUUUCAUGCUGGGUUGCGCAUGCUAUGGAUGGCAAACCUCCUGACAACUUCAUCACCGAUCAGGAUGGUGCAAUGAGGCAGUCAAUACAGAGCAUCUUUCCAACCACCGUGCACCGCUGUUGUCGAUGGCACAUCAUGAAAAAGGCUCAGGAAAAAGUUGGUUGGCUGCUGUGCCGGAAUCCAGGAGUCUCUGAUGAUUUCAACAAGUGUGUCGACUUCAACAUCACUAUAGACGAGUUUGAGCACAAUUGGGCUGGGUUAAUGAUGAAGUACGAGGCUAUGACACACACACACUUUGAGAAGUUGUACGAAUACAGGUCAACUUGGGUGCCGUGCUACUUCAAACACAGGUUCUUCCCCUUCCUACAGUCUACACAGCGUAGUGAGGGGUUCAACGCCGUCCUAAAAAGAUAUGUGAACCCACACAACUCAAUGCUGAACUUCGUCAAGCAAUAUGAAAAAAUCCAGAACCACAUCCUUGCCAAGGAAGGCUGCAAUGAUUACAUGACAGAACACCUUGAGAUUGAGCUGUGGUCCAACUUCCCAAUAGAGAAGCAAGCUUACAAAACCUAUACUAGGGACCUUUACCGCAAGUUCAGAGAAGAGUUUGAGCUGAUUGGACGUUAUAAUGCAUUCCAAGUUGGUGCUGAUAUAUUUGAGCUCAGACCGAACCAGGAAUUUGUUGCCAAAUAUGGUUCUCGAAACUACUUGGUGCAGGCAAGGGUGGAGGAGGGUUCCUAUUUGUGUGAGUGCUAUAAAAUGGACAAGGACGGCAUCCUCUGUUGCCACAUCCUCAAGGUGUUCACCCAUAUUGGAGUUGAUGUCAUACCGGAAAGGUACCUCCUAAGACGGUGGACACCUACUGCUGUACCUAGUGCGCCAGGGACUGGUUAUGAGCAACCGGAUGAAAUGCCUCCUCAAUCAAAGAAGCAGAUAAGGGAGAGGAACGUGAUAUACGAUUUUUGGAAACUAGCAAAGUUUGCGAGUGGUUCUUAUCCAGCACAAGCUAUUAUAUACAAGCAUAUGCGCGCAGCAUGUACCGAGAUCGGCCACCUGAACAAGUCCAAGAAAAAGAAAAAACCGACUCCUGCCACGGGGCCAUCAGAUGAUGGCAACCCUCGAGGACCUCCUCCACCUCCAGGCAGCAAUCAGGGGGCUCAUCAUCCAGUUGCACACAUCAUGGUAAUGUCAACCCUCAAGGACCUCCUCCACAUCCUGGCUGUACACGGCAUCCUCCGCCACCUCCUCCCCCACGUGCUCCUCCCAGUGGCCCUACAGGCAGCACUUAGGGGGGGCUCAUCGUCCAGGUGA